AUGUCACGUAAGAGCUGGAUUUUUGAAACCCUAUGCAAAUCACCAACAGAUCUCGAUACUAUUGUUGAACAAUAUGAAUUAACGAAAUUUCGAACCGAAUAUACAUCAGGUGGUGUUAAAUACAGAUAUCGAUGUGCAUCGUACAAAAAAUUUCCAUCGUGCGCUAUGCAGAUACUAGCAAAACAAUUGAGCAUAACCGAUGUCGAUACAUUUGAAAUAUCCAAAUUCAGUAAACACUGUCAUGAAAAGCGAGCGUUGACAACGCGCGCUCCAUCACCUAUUCGAGACGAUGUCAAAACAUAUGAUGAACAGGAGGACGACCAAAAAAAACAAGUCUUGCUCUAUUAUGUUGAACACAGAUUAUUAUUUGUUGUUAAUACUCAGGCUUACUCAGAUGUAAAUAUAUAA